GAUUUUCAGUUUAGUCAGAUUCCAGCCGCCGUAGGAAGAGUAUCUCGCAUUGUCGACGACUGAAAGAUCGGACUCGCGGUGUAUUAUUCUAAUAUACGAGAGUGCAUUAUGAAUUAUUAUUAUUAAUAGUGUGCGGUUUUUCUUAUUUUCAAUAAAUAAAGAUUUACUUACCAGGAAUUUUUGUGAUGGCCAAUUUCGCAGUGUCUUUGAAGCGGAGCCCCAGUGAUUUUGAGGAGCAAAUGUUGUACAGGAAAAAAGCGGAUAUCAGGAACGAUGUGGACAAAGCAGAACCAAAAGACUUGACCAAUAGGAGUAAUAUGUUUCCCAGUGCCCAAAUUAAAAUGAGAUUAAUGUCCCCAAAUAUAUCGCCGGCUACGUCGCCCACAAUGUCGACUUCGUCGUCACCCACGCCGCCUCCGGCGGCCAAUUCGACAAUGUCCGCCAGUUACAACAAAAUGACAGGAAUUCCAUGUGUGGCGGCCGCUUCUAGGUACACAGCGCCGGUGCACAUAGAUGUCGGUGGUACUAUUUACACGUCAUCGUUGGAAACUUUAACCAAAAAAAAACAGACUUUAUAUAUCGAUAUAAACAAAUCGGACAAGGUUAGGCUGUCUUACCUCCAGUGUCAAUUCAGUGACGUCACGUGCAGGAAACCAAUUGCAAUUUGCGUCAACGACCAGUCAAAACAUAAAUUAAAUAUGGCGGCAAUGGUCAAACAUCUGUGA